AGUAAAAAAUGUAUUAAAAAUUGAGAAAUAAAGAUAAAAUUUUAGGGAGAAAAAAUUCCGAAAUGUUGCCUAUGUACAUGACAGGCCUCAAAGGGUACUUUUGUUUUUUUGUUUUUAAUUUUUAAAAGAAGAAUGUGACUUGAAGGGCACUAAUAUUCGUGAGGGUCACGUAGGGUACUCUAUCCUGUAGUUGGGUAUUACUACAUAGAAAGGCAUACAUGUACAAUACAAGUCAUUGAGCAUUGUACUUUGUUCACAAAGGCCUUUGAAGGUUUGGAGCUUUCAUCAAUUUCAAAGAAAAGUUUGAAAACUAUGGCUUCGAAUAUUCUCUAUUCAUGGAACAUCAUUGGCUUCUUCCUGAUGGGAGGGAUAACCAGUGUCAUUGGUGGUUAUGCACCGGCUAGAAUGAUAUUCCGGCCUAGCCAAUGGGCCCUUGCCCACACCACUUUUUAUGGCGAUGAGUCCGCUUCUGCCACUAUGGGAGGAGCUUGUGGGUAUGGAAACUUGAUGAACAAUGGCUAUGGAACCGACACAGCGGCAUUGAGCUCGACUCUGUUCAACGAUGGAUACGCGUGUGGGACUUGCUACCAGAUGAAGUGUGUUCAAUCACCAUGGUGCUAUGCAGGGUCCCCAUUCACCACCGUGACGGCUACAAACCUGUGCCCACCAAACUGGUCUCAAGACUCCAACAAUGGUGGGUGGUGCAACCCUCCGAGGUCUCACUUUGACAUGUCUAAGCCUGCUUUCAUGAAGAUUGCACAAUGGAAGGCCGGGAUUGUCCCCGUCAUGUACCGCAGAGUACCAUGCAUUAGGGCUGGCGGACUUCGAUUCUCGUUCCAAGGAAAUGGGUACUGGUUAUUGGUGUACGUGAUGAAUGUGGCUGGAGGAGGCGACAUCGCCAACAUGUGGGUGAAGGGAAGCAGCACUGGAUGGAUAAGCAUGAGCCAUAACUGGGGAGCUUCAUACCAAGCAUUUGCAACCCUAAGUGGUCAACCACUCUCUUUCAAGAUCACUUCUUACACUACCAAAGAGACCAUUGUAGCCUACAAUGUUGCUCCUUCAACUUGGAGUGUUGGAUUGACCUACCAAGCCAAUGUCAACUUCCAUUGAUGGAGUAUGAAUGAGAGACAUAAAAUGUUGAUGAUCUUUUUGGGAUUUUCUAAGCCUCAAGGCAUUUAUAUAUUUAUAUUAUGCAGAAAAAUGUUUAAAACAUUAUUAAGAAUUUGAAUAUAUGAUAUAGAUUUAAAUGUAAUAAAAUAAAUCUGAUCAAUAUAAUUCAAAUUCUAGGCACACUUACUAGA